GGAGUUGGACGUGAGUCUGUGUGAUAACGUCAGUGGAAGCUGCACCGAGUAAAUGAGGGAAACCCCGAAGUUGAAGCAUUAAAAACCAGUGAGACUCCACUUUACACACACUCCAUAAACGUAUUAGUAAUUUUUCUUGGGUUGAAUUUCAGAGCUGUUCAAUUUCCCCUUGUCCCACAACGCGCUGAUCAGUACUUCUGAACUGUAAGCAAAAUAGGAGAAGGGGAGAAAACCCAAACUUAAUAAACAGUACCAUGUUCCAGAUAAGUCAUUGGAGCACUUUUUCCUAGUGAAUUCAUCCUUGGGGUUUAAGUUUCUUAAGCUCUCUUUUUCUUGGACUACAGGAGCCUUUCCUCAUCCAAACCCGGUCUUUGUUGGCGUUUUGAGGACUGGCGCACACAUGAACCUUUUUGUUCUUUACAGAAAAAGAGGUUUGGGGCCUUAGAAUCUUGCAGAAAGCAGAACCACACAGUUGCAUUUCCAUCUAGACCCUCUUUAAGUCCCUCUUCAAAACUGGGGGCCUCUGGAAAGCUCUGAGCCUGUGACCCCAGCGUGGGAGAAGAUAGGUACAAGAUGGCCAUGUGGCAGGGAGCCAUGGAUAACAGAGGCUUUCAGCAGGGGAGUUUUAGUAGCUUCCAGAGCAGCUCUAGUGAUGAAGACUUGAUGGACAUCCCAGGGACUGCUAUGGAUUUCUCCAUGAGAGAUGAUGUGCCUCCUUUAGAUCGAGAAAUAGAAGGGAACAAGUCAUACAAUGGUGGUGGAAUAGGCUCUUCAAAUAGGGUCAUGGACUUCUUGGAGGAGCCGAUCCCCGGUGUAGGGACCUAUGAUGAUUUCAACACAAUUGACUGGGUGAGAGAGAAGUCUCGAGACCGAGAUAGGCACCGAGAGAUUACCAAUAAAAGCAAAGAGUCAACAUGGGCCUUAAUUCACAGUGUCAGCGAUGCUUUUUCUGGCUGGUUGUUGAUGCUGCUUAUUGGACUUUUAUCAGGUUCCUUAGCAGGCCUGAUAGACAUCUCUGCUCACUGGAUGACAGACUUAAAAGAAGGGAUAUGCACAGGGGGAUUCUGGUUUAACCAUGAACACUGUUGCUGGAAUUCUAAUCAUGUCACCUUUGAAGACAGAGACAAGUGUCCAGAAUGGAACAGCUGGUCCCAGCUUAUCAUCAGUACAGAUCAGGGAGCUUUUGCCUACAUAGUCAACUAUUUCAUGUAUGUCCUCUGGGCUCUCCUGUUUGCUUUCCUUGCUGUAUCUCUUGUCAAAGCAUUUGCACCUUAUGCCUGUGGCUCUGGAAUCCCUGAGAUAAAAACUAUCCUGAGUGGUUUCAUUAUUAGGGGUUAUUUGGGUAAGUGGACCCUUGUCAUCAAAACUAUCACUUUGGUGCUGGCAGUGUCAUCUGGCUUGAGCCUGGGCAAAGAGGGCCCCCUAGUGCACGUGGCUUGCUGCUGUGGGAACAUCUUGUGUCACUGCUUCAACAAGUACAGGAAGAAUGAAGCCAAGCGCAGAGAGGUGUUAUCAGCUGCAGCAGCUGCUGGUGUGUCUGUAGCCUUUGGGGCACCUAUCGGUGGAGUAUUAUUCAGCCUGGAAGAGGUCAGCUACUAUUUUCCCCUCAAAACACUAUGGCGUUCAUUCUUUGCUGCCCUAGUGGCAGCAUUUACGCUCCGAUCCAUCAAUCCAUUUGGAAACAGCCGCUUGGUUCUAUUUUAUGUGGAGUUUCACACCCCAUGGCAUCUUUUUGAGCUUGUGCCAUUCAUUGUGCUAGGCAUAUUUGGUGGCCUUUGGGGAGCUCUAUUUAUCCGCACAAACAUUGCCUGGUGUCGGAAGCGUAAAACCACCCAAUUGGGCAAGUAUCCUGUCGUCGAGGUACUCAUUGUGACAGCCAUCACUGCCAUCUUGGCUUUCCCCAAUGAAUAUACCCGGAUGAGCACAAGUGAGCUCAUUUCUGAGCUGUUCAAUGACUGUGGCCUCCUGGACUCCUCCAAGCUCUGUGAUUAUGAGAACCACUUCAACACAAGCAAAGGCGGUGAGCUACCGGACAGACCUGCUGGCAAGGGAGUCUACAGUGCUAUGUGGCAGCUGGCCUUGACACUCAUACUGAAAAUAGUCAUUACUAUAUUCACCUUUGGCAUGAAGAUUCCUUCCGGUCUCUUUAUCCCCAGCAUGGCUGUUGGUGCUAUAGCAGGCCGUCUUUUAGGAGUAGGAAUGGAGCAACUGGCUUAUUACCACCAUGAUUGGGGCAUCUUCAAUAGCUGGUGUAGUCAGGGAGCUGAUUGCAUCACACCUGGCCUUUAUGCUAUGGUUGGGGCUGCAGCCUGUUUAGGUGGGGUAACUCGGAUGACUGUUUCUCUUGUUGUCAUAAUGUUUGAACUGACUGGUGGCCUGGAAUACAUUGUGCCUCUCAUGGCUGCAGCCAUGACAAGCAAGUGGGUGGCAGAUGCUCUUGGGCGAGAGGGCAUUUAUGAUGCCCACAUUCGUCUCAAUGGAUACCCCUUUCUUGAAGCCAAAGAAGAAUUUGCUCACAAGACUCUGGCAAUGGAUGUGAUGAAGCCCCGGAGAAAUGAUCCCUUGCUGACUGUCCUUACUCAGGACAGUAUGACUGUGGAAGAUGUAGAGACCAUAAUCAGUGAAACCACUUACAGUGGCUUUCCAGUGGUAGUCUCCCGAGAGUCACAAAGACUCGUGGGCUUUGUUCUUCGAAGAGAUCUCAUCAUUUCAAUUGAAAAUGCUCGGAAGAAACAGGAUGGGGUUGUGAGCACUUCCAUCAUUUAUUUCACUGAGCACUCACCUCCAAUGCCGCCAUAUACUCCACCUACCCUGAAGCUUCGGAACAUCCUGGAUCUCAGCCCCUUCACUGUGACAGACCUUACGCCAAUGGAGAUCGUAGUGGAUAUCUUCCGCAAGCUGGGACUGCGCCAGUGCCUGGUUACACACAAUGGGCGCUUACUUGGAAUCAUUACCAAAAAGGAUGUGUUAAAGCACAUAGCACAGAUGGCAAACCAAGAUCCCGAUUCCAUCCUCUUCAACUAGAAUCAUGGGUUGUUUUGGAUAUAAAACAAGGACAUUGUGGACCAUGGAUAUAUUUUAUUAACUGGGUACCCAAAACACAUUUCCCAUAUUUGGAUGGUGAAGUCGUAUUAGUGUGUUGUCUGUUUCCUACAAGUUAACCAGUUGCACUACAUAAUUUCUGGAAAUUAAUCUCUCUAGAAGAAAAUACAGAUAGGCUUAUGUGAUAAUGCAUUAUGGAGGGUUCACGAAAGAGUAAAAAAGACUGCCAUGGUUUAAUUAUGUUUGUUCUUUAAAAUUAUUUUUUUUUAAUUUAAAAAUAAUUGUUAGCCAAUAUGCAAUCACUGAAAACUAUGCAAGAAAAAUUCCAACUAUUCUGACAUAUAGCCUGAAGGAAACUCAUGAAAUAGUCAUGUGUUGGGGGGGGACUCUAACUGUCAUUGGUAGAAGAUGAAGUGUGAACUAAGGGGCUUUGCCUUUCAAGCUACAGAAAGGAAAGCCAGAAGGAAAUAGCAAUGGCAUUUUUAGACUGUGAAGAUUCAGUUAAAUUCUUAUUCCUGUUACAGUAUUUAGAAUUAUUAGUUUGUUACGUUUACCUUUUCAGGAGAAGACAGUGCUGCUCUGGUUAUCUCCUCCAAGUGAAGUAGAGGGGUUGACCUUUAGAGCCUGCUCGCCCUGGUCUUUAAAGUGCACAAAGUUAAGUUACAGAGCUUUCUCCUUGGCUGCAGAAAGGCUAAUUUUCCAAAUGGCAAUGCUAGCUAGUAGUCAAGGACUUUGUUAGGAAUUUAUUAGUAUCUAGGAAUUAUUUCUCCCGGUUUUCUUGAAAUGAAGAUAAAGUUCUGAGCAAAGUCGGUGACUAGGAAGUUCACAUUUUUGUGAAGUCCUAACGAAAUCUCUUACCCAGAUGCCACCUCCAUGGAUGAUGGUGCUUUAGGCUUCUGGAAUAAGUAAGAAUAGUGUAUGGAAGCGAGUCUAGGCUGAAUACUGGUAAAGCAGGGGAGAGUGAGAGCUGCAUCAGUAUCCGGAUGCAUUCCUUUGAAAAGACCACCAGUACUAAAAUAACUAACUGGACAUCUGUGCUCCUCCUAGUGUGGAGUAUGCAUAACAGGCCAUUGUUCCUGUGAUCAAUGAAGUAGGCUAGAGAUAGAUGCUUCUCCAUGUAUUGAAAGAACUGGAACGGGAUAGGCAACUGCAGCUACCUUGAGGUACCAGAUCUGACUAAAUUGCAGAGCCAUCCUAAAACCUAGGUGGAUGGAUGAGGCCUGAUGACACCAAAGGUGCUUGUACCCAGUUAAAGAGGUGCCUGUCUCAAUUUCCUACCACAAGUGUGGCAGUUUAAAAAAAUCAUAUUAUAGAAACACCUGGUGGAAUUCAAGAGCCACCACCAGCAUUCCAACCACUCUUUCAUUUUCUAUCAUUUUAUCCAUGUGCAAUUACUCUCCCUCCAUUCUUUUUGCUUUUCUUCUCAGCACUGAAUCCUCUUUAGGAUGGAGCAGUAUGCUUAGUUAAUCCUUCCUACUAAUGACAAAAAUAUCUACUAGGGCUAGUUAAAUUGUAAGCCAAGGCUCAGCAGUGUUGAAACACUUAGACUAGAGGUGACACUUUUGGUUUGCCAUGUGCCCCCGUUGCUGCUGCCGUGCCUCCAUUUCUGUUUCAGCUUCCCAUGGCAGCGAGGCCACAAUGUUGGGUAAGAGUUCAGCCUUGUUCAUCUUACAAAAUCUGUCCCUGCUACUUCCGACUGUCCUUCUAGCUCAGAAUCAGUGGCCCUUGGCACAUUCCCAUGUGUAACCCACCCCUCCCAAGCAACUCGGUGUACCUCAUUUUAAAAGUUGUUGAUCCCUGAGUCAAGGACUUUUUUUUUACCCCUACUUCUUACUGUUCCAAAAUCAGAAAUUCCUUUAUUAUCCAGGGCUGAAUAGCCAAGACAUAUUUUGGUUUUUUUUAAUCUUUACUAUGUCAACGUAGCCCCCAGAGUUUCUCCUUUUAAAUCUAUUGCUCUGGCAUUUUAAUGAAAAAGAAUGCUUGGGGUACAUGGUAUCAUAGUCAUGGCUCUGUGACUUUAUGUCUUGUUCCUUCUUUGCCACUGCAUUCUUUGUGUGAGAUAAGACUCUGCCUGAGCAGAUAGUGUAUUAUGUGGAGAUCAGAGAUCUUGUCUAUGUAUUUCAGGUUCAGUUGGUACCUAUUUCAUUAGUGAUCCCUCUUCACUAAAGUCUGCCAAACAGGAAACGUUACUGUGACUGGUAUUUGUUGGCAUGGGAAGGUUUGGUCAUGUCUCAUAGAGCAGCAGUGACAUGGAUUGUCUCGUUUGCCUUCUAGUUUUUUUUUUCUUCAUUGUACACAGACGAGCCAGUGUUAAGGUGCUACUUCAGAGAAUAAAUCUAAGAAAUCAGAUAACACUGUGCGAAUGGAUACUGUCUAGAUGCUAAGCACCGAUGGGCCCUCCAGAUAAUUGACAAUAUCCCUUUGAUACCUCACUCCUUAGAAAUACCAUUCAUUAACCUCAGUUUCUCAGGAAUCCUUGUAGCUUGUAUGCCAGAAAUUGCUGUAUUGGUAUGGUGUCCAUUUUAUGUCCAAUCCCUCAAUGAUUGGCUGGUUCUUACAGGAGUACUUUACAAGGUUGUUAGCCUAGCACCUGGACACACAGCGGUUCUUGUCUUGAGGUACAGGGAAGUUCUUCCUGUCAUUGCCAUUCCAUUUCAUCAGUUAGGUAAUCCUCAAAACAAAACAAAUCUGAAAACAAAAAGAAAAAAUCAAAGCCAAUAUAGGGAAGUCUGUCAUAGCCUCAAAUGACUACAUACCUCAAUGGUAAAAUACUGGAUAAUUUAAGAUUUUUAAAUGAAUUGAGACAAGUUUAUUUUGGUACUGGAAAAGAAAAUAGCCUGAUAUAAGGAAAGCAUUUACAGAAGAACACCAAUAAAUGCCUCAAGAGAAUUUUCCAAGGAAAUAUAUCUGGAGGAAAUUUAGCCAUGAAGGGAGUUGAUGGAUCUGUAAAAGUCUAAAUUUUAUAUCUUCACAACUUCAAUGGAAAGAACUUAACAUAGUUUGGAGAGACUGCAUAGUGAGCUCAAUUAGAGAUAGCAAACGGGGACUGGCAACGGGAAAUAAUAGCUGUUAAAGAUCAUGUCUACUUACAUCUGGUUAGAAACAACCACAUUGCUUUGCAGCACCCUCCUCUCUCUGGCCCCAGUGUCCUGGCGUAGCCCAGCUGCAGAGUAGAGCUGAUGUAGUUCUCAGAACAGAGCACUUCUGGUGGAUUAGUUGGAAUUGAUGAUACUUUGAAUUGGCCAGCUGGCCGAGCAAACGAUUAAUUUGCUUGUUUAACUGCAAAGCAGGCCAAUUGUUUUGGCACUCGAGUCUCAAUCUGAACUCUCUACAGGAAAAGCAGGGGCCUUUCUAAAAAGAUCAGUCUCUGAAUGUGUGGGCUCGACUUCACUGUUCUAAAAUGUUCAUCUUUGCAACCACCUCUGGGAUUAUCUGGUUUCCCUUUAUGGAGAGGGGGAGGCACCAAAAAUGAUGACAGACCUGUUAACAAAAUGUGCCUGAUGCCAGGUGGUAUGAAGAAAGCCGUCCCGUGUCCUAGUCCAUGCUUUUUGGUAUAAGGUGGGCAGAAAAGCUUAAUUAUGUGCCCCAAAGGGAGAAAAAGGCAAGUCAUCUACAAGCCCAGGAUUCCCAAACUAGAGCCUCAAAGCACCAUUUGGCUUCAGGACAGUCUAGUUUUGUGGACAGGGUCAGCAUACGAUAUGUACUUACAGAGGAAGGUACUAUCUGAGUGUCUAGAUGAUAAACCUUCUACCAUUUUGUUUUAAGCCUCCCUACUAUGUCCUUGUUCUAUAUUGAAAAUAAGGUGUCUUCUCCCAUUGCAGAUCAGAAGCUGUGUAAAUUUGGAGAUGAGUGGGCACAGCACAGCUAAGAAAUUGCUGGGCUUUGCUUCAGUUUCAGCCAUUUGUUCCAAGGAGAGAGGUUCUUGGAAAAAUGUGUAUUAGCAACUUUAAGCUACUCCCUGUAUAUAUGCUGGCCACAUUCUCAUUUCUAAGCAUCUGCAUCUGGGCAAAGUUAUAAAGAGAUGAAGGGAACAAAAUGAAUUUUCCCAUGAUGUUAAUAUGAUUUUGUCAAAUCCUCCAAGAAGGAUAUGAUGUGGACUUUUCCUUCCUUCUUUCCUUCCUUUCUUCCUUAUUUCUUUUCUCUCUCUCUCUUUUUUUGCAUGGGGCCUAUGAGGCCUCCCAGCCCAACUUUCCAGUCAAAAAUUCCUACCUCUAAGUUGCUACCAAAGGGUCUUUGGUCUGCCUGUACACACUUGUCAAAUGGAUGGCCUGACUAGUGUUUGGCCUUUUGAGGAGAAACUGAUGGUACAUAUAAGGCAAAAACACAAUCUGUCUCUGCCUCGUUUCUUUUGCUCCCCCUACCAUUUGUAUCCUAAAUUCAAAUCUCCCCAUUUUUGUGAGCUUGUUGUUUGAAUAUGGACUUUGGUGGGUAGGGAGAAGUUGACCCUGAGAACGGAGAAUGGGAACUCCUCAGUUGAUGAGGUCAUUGGCAGUUUGCUCACUCCACAGUAGGGGCCAAAGCCAGCAAUACUUACUGGGAGUGUUGAGGGCUUUAGCUGUAUUAUAUAUUAGUCCAAAUGUGCUGGAAUUUGGGGGUAGUUUAGGAUUUAAUGAGAAAAAAAUGUCAUUUAGUGAAAUGGGGAAGAAGGCAGGACUUGUGAUGGGUUUUUUGAAUCAAAGUGGGAAUGUUCAGCCUUGCUGUUGAGUAGAGGGUACCUCAAAAUAUGAUUCUUUCCCCUCCAUUCACUUUCUUGCCUUUCACUUUACUUUCUUCUCCAUUGUCCUGCCUUUUUAGUACUCAGCUUUUUAUAUAAGUAUUUACUUUUUUUUACUAUAUAUUUGGUCCUUUGGGACUGUGUGAUGAUUAAAUUGUAUUCCAUUCAAGAUAAAAUUAUAUGUUUAAUAUUUUAUUCUCUAAAAAUUGUCUUUUGAAGCUAUGCUGCUAUCCAGGUACAGGCCAGAAAGGAAUUGGGCCUGAUAGCAUCUUGGUCAUGUCACCAAAGGGUGACUAUAAUGUCAUGAUGAUGACUCUUCUUUAUUUGACCAAGCCCAGCCUCCUGUUUAUACCUCUGCCCAUUCAUUUCUGGCCAUGGGAAAUAUACCAGCUAUUGGGUGAGCCAUUGAAGCCAGGAGGACCAGAAGGGCAGGAUCCAGCCCGUGGGCACCAUGGGAAUAUCUCUGUAGGGAGCUCAUUAGUAGGGCUGGCUUCAGUUGCAGUAGCCAAAGAAAAUCUGUCUGACUGGACAUUUUAAUUCCUAAGAUUUGGUCAAAGUUCGGCUGAAGCUAAUGCAUAGAUAUCUGUAGUAGCUUGGCAUCCAGAGAGGAGCUUCAACCAAAGCUAAUAAAGCCCAAGUGUCCACAGGAAGCUUGGAGCAGAGCUGUUCAGAACAGUCAUUUACAGAGUGUUGCCAACCCUUCAGCCAUGCUUUUGUAGCUUUAGCCUCACCUGCUUAUAGAUACAGCCUGAUCCAAAGCUGUGGCUUAGCGCUCACUUUGUUCUGCUCCCUGGUCAUGUAUAGUGACAUGGUGUAAAAAGGAAAACAUGGAUUGGGGAGUUAGGUGACCUGGUUUGUAUUCCCUAUGCUUCUACUAACUAGCCUCAAGAUCUUAACCGCUCUGUGCCUCAGUGUUCCCAUCUGCAAAAUGGGGAUAGUGUAAAUUGCCCUACCUAUCUCACAGGGUUGUUGUGAGGAUAAACUGAGACAAUGAAUGGAAAGCACUUUGACAAAUAAGUGCUAUGCAAAUUGUAAGAAAUGGAAACAAUCAUGUUCAAGGCAAUGGAAUGGACAUUAGCAGAAAGGUUAAUGGGAUUGUCCAGCCCUUUCUCUGUGUGGCUUAAACCUAGGUUGCCAUUGCUUUAUACAUUUUCACUUAGCACAGAUUUGUAAUUAUGCAUGUAAUAAAGCACAGCCUUAUUCAACUUGA